AUGGCUGAAAGCAACGAAACGACUAUAAAUACGAAGAAAAGAAAACGCACAGGCAGAAUGAGUGAUGUAUUAAAGAAACUUCGACUUCAGAAUCACGAACUUGGUGAUGACUGCAAAUGUGAUCGUUUUAAAUGUUUUGAAUUGACAAGUGAAGAAAAUGCGAAAUUACACAAUAAAUCAUAUUCAUACAAGAUUCUUAUGAUUGCCGAUGAUACUUACGAGAUACCAGUGUGUAGAAAAGCGUUUUUAUCCUUACAUGGUAUCACUGGAAGAAGACUGCAGUUUAUUCAGAAAUCACUGACGGAGCAUGGUGUUGUCCAAAAAGAUAAACGGGGUACACUUGUGAAAACACAGCUUCCUAAAGAAACUACUGAUUUAAUGUACAAGCAAAUCGACACUCUUAAAUCAGUUAAUGGUAAAAAAGGCCACUACAAUUUACAUGAGAGUAAAAAAAUAUAUCUGUCAGACGAGUUAAACUUGUCUAAGAUUCACAAAAUGUUUAACGAAAAUCAUCCAAAUAACAAAGUAUCAUACGAAACAUAUCGUAAUUUUUUCAAUAAAAAUUUUAACAUAUCAUUCGGUUACCCAAGGAUGGACACAUGUUCGAUUUGCGAUGAAUUUCAAGCAGAGAAAAAACACUUUGAAAUUAAAAUUGCUUCUCUUUCUAAUGGUCAUGAAAAAUCUCAGAUUUUGUCUCAACUUAGAAAGCUGGAAAUUGAGAACCUAGCACACAAAAAGAGAGCUGAAAUAUUUUAUGAUAAAAAGAGAAAAGCUCGUUUGAGGGCUAGGCAGGAUGACAACAAUCGCGAUAGCAAUGGAUUUCUCAAAAAAUCUUCCUGUGCCAAACAUAACUACCAACGACGUUUAUUAUAA